GAAUCUUGGAGAGCAAACAAUCCGUGGUGCUGCGUGCAUGGACGGGCAUGCGCUCGCGCUGAGCGAUCAGCGCACCAGUCGGAGACGUCUGCGGCAGCGAAUGAGGUCGACGCCGGCAGAGGGAGGUGCUCCAAGAUGCCCCCCAGAGCCGCAGAGUCGCAGGGCCACGACCGACCGCACUGCGCACCACUCGACGACGACUGCCGGCGAAUGCACGCUGCCCUGCCCGUCUUCCUCUGCGCGCGCCGCCCACUGCGCCCUGCCUCUCUGCCCGCGCGCGCCCGAUUCGGAGCAUUAGCAUUGCUGCGCUCGGCGGCCGCUGCUGGUCUGCUCCCCACACCUCCGCCAGCAUUUCCCCUACUGCUCGACCUCGCUCCCGACUCGCACACCCUCCGACCACGCCGCGCCCACGCUCGCUCUCGCCGCGCCCGCCCUGCGCCCGCCCUGCGCCCGCGUCGCUGUGCUUCGCCGCAGGACAUGCCCGCGCCCGCCCGCCGCGCCCUCCCGCACUGCAGCCGCGCCCCGACCGCAGUCUGUCUGAGACGCCCGUCCUGAGACGCCCGCCCUGAGACGCCCACAAACGACGCCCGCCCGACGACGCCGACAGACGACGCCGACAGACGACGCCGACAGACGCCGCCGCCGCGACGACGGCCACCGCCUACGAUGCGCAGGAUAACCAGCUUCAAGCCGCAGCACCGCAUGCCGGGCGCGCGCGAGCCGACCCCGCCGCCGCCGCCCGCGGUCGAGCCGCUGUCGCCCGUGCUGCAGC